AUGGCUGUCGCUGCCGCUCGUCGCCGCCUGUGGUGCGGGAUGCGAACUGCAGCCGCCACCAUCGCGUCAGGCGAGGAGCUGUACGCGUCCCUGCUCUCGCGCCUGGUGGCGGAGCCGGAGUGCCGCGUGAAGGCCACCAUGGAGGAGGCGACCUCCUCGGUCCCGCACCACGACGACGCCUUCUGGGAGCCCCUUGCCGCGGCCCUCCUCCGCGCGUCCUACCCAGCCAAGGCGCACCUCGUGAGCUCCUCAUACCCUGUAUUUCCAGUUCCAAUCCAACUGUGA